AUGUCAGGAAACUACGGCGUUCGCUAUGACCAGGAGAAUGCAUUAGGAAGUGUGACGCUCAAUGGCUUUACGGCAUUGCCACCCGGUUGGGGUUUGAGCAACAUCGAUGCUGAAGGCUCCCCAGCUCAACCGACAGUUUGGAGUGUCUACAUGCAGAAAGGGCAUAAUUAUGACGACGACCUGGUAGAGGACGCGAAUAAUACGGUAGAUGUGCUCCUUGUAUUUGCCGGUCUCUUCUCAGCAGUGCUCUCUGCGUUCAUUCAAAUCACGUAUUCCAAGCUGCAGCCAGACCAGGGGGAUAUCUUGCUCGCCAUCCUGCAGGAGACUCGCCAACCUGGAAGUACAAGUCAGGAUCAGUUCAAGAUACCGGCAUACAUAACCAGUGUCAACUGCUUCCUGUUCGCCGGUCUCUUUAUUAGCAUCUUCGUGGCACUUCUGGGCAUCCUCGUCAGACAAUGGACACGAAGCUAUCAACGCAACCUCAAAGCUGUGUCCUCUACACAACUUCGUGCACGUAUCCGCCACUACAGAUACAAAGGGGCCAAGAAGUGGAAGUUAUCGGGAUUUGUCGCCUUCCUCUCGAUCUGCAUGCAUCUCGCCCUAUUCAUCUCUGCCAUCGGAAUCCUUCAACUUUUAUUCGCGACUGCUCCAGCGGCUGGAAUUGUCGCACUCGUAGUCUCUGGGAUUGGGACUCUCAUUUUCUUCGUCACCAGCCUCAUCCCCCUUUUCCAACCAGAGGCUCCCUUCCAAUCGCCGCUGUCGAAGGGGGUUUCGUGGAUUGUCUCCUGGGUUGGACGCUGGGUCGCCUGGAUUGGAUACAAGAUACAUGUCCACUCUCAUCCCCAGCAUGGCAAGGCGAGUAAUGUCGAGGAAGAUAAGGAGGAAGGCAAAGAGAGCAAUUCGGACGCAGGCCUAGAGAAUGACCUUGGACAUUCUCCCAAGGAAGCGACAAAGGAGAUCGAUCUCGUGCGCAAGCGGGUCGAUCUUGACCUCGAUAUCAUCGCGUCUUUGAUAAAGCGAGCGGAUAAGUCGACCGAGAGGGUGAUCCUCGACUUGUGUUUCGAGCAUCUUCCGAAUCUCGUUACACUGGAGCGCAAACACCCCCAUAUCAUCCUCGAAAAGGAAAUUAUUACAGAGGUAUAUAUUUUCCUUGCAAAGGGUUGCAUUCUCCAGCCGGCAUCUGGUGAGAAAACAGUCGACGAGACCCGCCGCAAAAGGGCAGUAUUACUUUGCGAGUUCCUGCGAUGGUUCCUUUCCAUUGAAGGGUGCUCAGAUCAGCGUUAUGCUCUCAAAGGACGGCUCACCAAGGACAACUUUGACCCGAGAGAACUGCCGACUGCUCUAGCAAAGUAUAGUGAUCCCAACCCAACUGGCCAAGUAAAGGAGAGCGAUACCAAAAACGUCGUUAUAGCGUACUCCGCACUUGGUCGUAUCGAUCACUUGUCCGAGCAGCAACGUGACGACCAGGGGUGCGCUCAUUGCGAGAAGAGCCUAGCGAGUAUCCAAGACAAGAACCAGGAUCGCAACGCGAUGAUGGAAAACAUUAGCAAGUUUAUUAUCGGAUUCUCCGACUGCCUCCUUGUUUGUGCACUGAAGUCUGUCCUGGAGCCUCCUGAUUUACCCAAGAAUGAAGUCAACGACUUUGUCCCAUGGGAUAAGGAGAAAGCCGUGUGGAAAUCUGCCCUCGAGCAGAAAAAGAAUGGGACUGGAGAACUGCCAAGGAUAUGGUUCAACCCCGCAAUCAACUUCAUCAACACGGUCAAGAGCAAUCCGACGCCUAGGGAUCCCACGCGACAGGCUAGUUCCCAAAGUAUUGCCAGUGCGUUGGGAAGUCGCAAGCCAAGUCCAAGUCCAAGUCGCGGACAGCCAGCUGGAGGUACUCCCGAUUUGCGUACCGACUCGAGUAUAUCCAAACAUCUUCAACUUCCGAAACAGGGCCAGGGUCUGUAA